AUGACAAUCAUGGAGUGGCUGACAGUUCAUUCAGAAUAUACCUGUAAAUACCCCUUUACUUUCAUAAAGGGACGGAUCAACCCAAUGGCGACAGAUUUCUGUCACUUCAAGCAGAGCUUUAACUUGUGCUGAAGCAGUGUGGUAGAUGCUCUGGAGGACCUGGAAAAGCUGCUCAGCUUUGCUGUUCCUCUAGCCAAAGUGAGCAGGGAACAGCUCAUGGAGUUUAGCAAUGGUUUUGGUAAUGGUUGGAAAAAGGCUCCUCCAGUUAUCAGCCUCCUCUCAGUGCUUGAAAACUGGGAGGAGGUAUUGGGCCUGGUCUUGUGCCCAGUUCAGCGCUACAAGGGAGAAGGAGGCAUUGAGGCAGCUGUCAUCCACAUCUCCCCCUGCUGGAGGCGCUACUUAGCCCGGACAGCCUACUUGUGCCACUGGCGGCACAAGUGGGCGGCAGGGACCAUCACCAUCUCAUGGUUGUUGCACACUCAGAUGCGUUGUGUCAGGAAGGCCCUGCAGGCCCGGCGUUUUAGACAACUGGAGAAUUACAGCAGCAGAGCCCAGCAUCUGGCAGCCAACUGGAAACACACCCCGUCCUCCAAGAGGACCAUUAUCCACAUCCCUUCAUUAGGAUACUCUCAGCGACGGAAGUUAAGAAGGUUUGUCCUCCUACAGAACAUCCAAAUAAGCAGACUAUCUGUCACAAACUCAUUUUCAGUAGAUAAUGUAUGGACCUUAACAUUCUUUCUGCAGUAGCCUGUACUGCUCAAAUAUUUAGAUGAGAUCCCAGAGUGGCUCGCCCAUUACGCUCGGCCUGCUAAAACCUCCUGCUAUCCCAACUGGGCCUGCUUCCUAAAGACCUUCCUCAGGCAAGGUGGUGUGGUGGUGUCCGACCCCCCGUCAGACAGUGUCACCUGUCUGACAGUAGAUCUGCAGCUGGAGCCCUGAGGUGAGGUGACCAUCCUGUCCUGUGGAGACCAGCUUCACCGCUCCUGUCAACUGGAAGCUAUAGGCUCCACUGUUCUUCAGACCUUUGUACACCCAGAGACCUUGCACUCCAUCUGCAUGUGUAUGAACAAGGCCUGUCUACAGCACCUUAUAGUGGGUUAUGUCUCCAUGGAUCUGAUCUACUUUGUGCACUUCAUGAUGUCUUAUUUGCAGGUGUGGGCUAUUGAUCUGGACCUCACAUACAGUGACCAGCUGGCCAUGACCCAGAUGCUUCUGAUGAUGACUGGAGACGCAGGCUGUUCAGAAGUGCCAGUGCCAAUCGGAGAGAAAUGCUGUGAACACCAGAUUGCAGCACAACCUCCUGAGGUUCAUUAUUAUGCAGUCAUUGGGAACCACUUGUUUAGUCUAAACCUUUCCGUGUUAUACUAUAAUGCGUUCUUGAUGAUGUGCAAGGCUCAUGGCGUAGGAUUUGACCUGGAGGCCAGUCUCAGAGGAUCUCCAGGGAGCUCCAGUGACCUUUGCUCUGAAUCUGUCAGUCAUUCAUCAGGAAAUAUCACCCCCCCCUAAAACGCGAGGAGAAACAAAUGUUCAGGUAACAUGUUAAUUACUUAACGAUCUCUCCUCAUCUAUAUAAUGAAACUUGCAUUUUCAGUGA